AUGAGGGCUUUUCUUCUUCUAUCCGUGGGAACGACCAUACUCGCUCCUAUCAUCCAUAGCACUCCCAUCGCUCCCUUCAUUAGUCCCGAUCCAAAGAUCCACUGGGCAUCUUUGGGUGACUCGUGGGCUACAGGGGUGACCUGGUUUAAAGAUAUCGAUUAUGAUGAAGAUUACGACGAAUUGAUCUGUUGCAGACGGUUAAAAGAGGCCUACGCAUACCAACUGUCACAAAACAAUGACUUCUUUCACGUUGGCAAGCAGGUCUUCAAAUGGCCAGCUUGUUCGGGAUUGAAUUUCGGUGACAUGGAGGGCCAAGCUCGUAGAUGGUUGAUGUGUGACGAGGAAAGUUUCGGUACGCUCUGGCGCCGCCCAAAACUCACGUCUCGCCUCCGCCACGACAUCAACGACCUUGCCGAGCUCCUCAAGCAAAAAAUCAUGGAAGGCGUGCAACGGUUCAAGGACACCGACCACAAUGGUAACAGUGUGUAUUUCGUCGAGAUAAGCAAAUCUUUCGAUGGACACCGCUUUAGCGAGAACGAUCAUAACAUUACUGAUCAAUGGGACAGUAUACCCACCAGAGACAGGACUUGGAUCUACCUCCCUCCACGACCUCCAUGGAACGACCCUUGGGUUGUGCCUGCGAAGCGCAGAAAGCCCGUACAGCAAGACAUAGAUGACUGGGUUAAGCAGUAUCCGGAUAGUAGCAUAGGGACGGACGGGAGUGGUUCUAAUCCAGAUCGACCGGGUAUAAUCAUGAAGACUUUCCAUCCCAAAACCUUGGGAUUUGGAAGCAUGGCGGACAAUAUCCAGAAAGUUGUCAAAGACAGGCUGUGA